AUGGUGGAUAUGCCAGAGACGCCAGGUGACUUGUUGGACAUUAUCAUACAAAAAGCUCCUUUGCUUAUCGAUACCGGUGACAUUUGGCAGUUCCCCGGCUUUCAUUUCCAAGCAGCCGCUGUGUACGCACGGCGUUUGCGAGAGUGGGCCGUGCGAUUCUUGGAGCCUGGACAUUUGCGGCCUUCCGAUGCUGGUGGGGAGCUCAUCCCAUCUCCUUUCGUGGGCCAGGCUGGAAAGUUGGAGCGCCCCUCGGAGGUGUCAAUGCCAAACCAAGAGGUGGCACUGCGAUUGGCCUUGGCCCAGGCACAGAAGUAUUCAGAGCAUGCUGAGCGAAGCUUGAAGCUCUUGAUUCGGGCGCAAGCUGCUGGGAAAGAGCGUGGCUUCACUGCCUGGGUCACAUCUUCGCAGAUUCGGGUUGCAGAGGCCUACUUGUGUGACCCUGGCAGCAGCCAUCAGGAAGCAGCAAGAGAUUUAUUUGAAAGGCUUCGAGACAAGACCCUUCCCUCCUCAGCAUCCUGGCCGCCCUUCAAGCGUUUUUUCCUGGAACGGUCUUUGCUUUGUGGAUGCGCACAACUCGGGCUGCCACCACCUGCACUUUGCUCAUCCACUCGAGCAGCUCCUGGAAGUCUGGAUGACUUGGAGCCUACUCCCACGGACAAGUUGAGGAGUAGCUUCGCCAAAGACGCCUUCGAGUAUUUAAUGAUGAAAACUGUUCCUGCUCGGAAUGAUCCAAGGCAGGGAGAGGAGCUCCUUGAGCUGGUGCGGAAGGCCGCAGAUCCUUUGCCAGCUGGUUCAGUGGAAAUACAACUGCAUUCGGGCGUCCUGAGUCAGGGGCUGUUGGACUUUACCCUGACAUUUGAUACGUCCCUUUUGCCUGUAGACCUGGAGCUAGGAACAUGUAUUGCACAAACCGACGAUGAUGAUAACAUCUCUGUGGACUUGGAGAUGACAACGUGGCGGGCAGAGCAGCCUUUGGAGCUUAAGGGUUUGCCGGCGAAUGUCAAUUCUGUCCGAUUCACUUGGAGCAGUUCACCCGCCAUCAUUUUCGUAGGCGCUAGCAAUCGUCGCCAAACAGCUGGCUUCAACUUUCGACUUCCUGGUGCGGAGGAGGUUGGUUUUCCCGAAAGUUUCUCCAGAAGUUUGCCACGUGGCCGCCUUGGCGCUCAAUGGAGCGAGAUGAAGGCGGUCAAAUCGGACCUAUUCUUUCCAGUCGAUCCAGCCAAAGCUUUGGUCUCCGAGUGCUUUAUUCUCUAUGUUACCCUUUCCCCACCCAACGGGCAUUCCGUCAGUUCUCCACUUUUCCUCUCUGCACGCUUUCACAUUGUGGACGAGGAUGCCGAGCUUGCUCCAUCUACUCCACCUGCACCAUUCAGUCCAUUGGAGAGUUCUUGUUUGCCCAGUGUGUCGCUGAUAUCUGAGCCAUGGGAAAUGAUGCCGUUGGGCUCCAAGAUCCUCGUUGCAGAUGUGGCCAACGCCUUAAUUCCCAAAGCUGGCAUUUUGGCAUUCAAGCCUGGUGAGUUGAAGACGCCUGGAGCCAACGAAGCUUUUGCAUGGCCAAUUGCCGUGCAGUGCGGAAGGCCAUGCAAGAUGGCGCUCAGAAUAGUUUUUGAGUUGGAUGGUGCUCAGAUCAGCUGCCCUUCCUGCUAUAUCAAUUUCCAACAUGCAAUUAAGUUGCAAAUUGCGGAGGAGCGGAUUGCUACAGCACUGGCACUGCGUAGGCCGGUAUCCUUUUCAUUGAAAUGUUUGUCAACACCGGUUGAGACAAAGUCUGUGGAGGUAUGCCUGGGUGACUCGGAAAUGGCGAAGUGCUUGGGAACACCUGGCUUCAUGGCCAGCGGCUCUCAGCAUUCCUUUCUUUGGACACCCGGUCCAUCAGAAAAGCCACGUUUGCAGGUACAAUUUCAGAGAGGAAAGGGCACAGAGGAAUUCUUUCUUUGGUGUGAAGAGGGUCGAAGAAAAUCACUGCCUCAAGCGCUGCCCAAUGCCAUUGUGGAAUGGCCUUUGGAGUCUAUCCCGCAGAGCCCGACCUCGCCCCAAGUUGAGCUUGAAGUAUGCUCAACAGGAACAGUUGGUGCUUCUGUUUUGGUGCGGGUUCAAGUGAAGAACAUGUCAUUUUCGACCGAAGAGGAGAUUCGAGUUCGGAUUUUGCAAGGAGAAGGAGAGGUGUCAGACAGGUACUUGUUGUCCGGACCAGUUAGCUAUCAAGUUGCUGCACCUCUUGGGUCCGAUCCAAACCAGGCUAUCCAAAGCUUUGCUCUGAUACCUUUGAAGGCUGGAUGGCUUUCACUGCCACGUGUACAAGUAAGUUGGGCAGGACAAGACGCAACAAGCUCACCCACUUCGCUCUUUGUAUCUCCUGCCGCGAAACCAGCAUUGUGGCGAACUGCUGCGUGA